AUGUCCGGGAGCACAGACUCACAACUCAACCAGCUGCGGGACUCGCUCGGGCGGUGGAACCAGCAGCGGUCCGAGAACUCGACCUCGGCAAACGAGGGUGCCAAGACGCUGUUUGCGUCGUGGGCGGAGUCCCUGAACGGCGCGGCCAACGAUGUGUACCAGAGGCUCCCCAUGACGAGGCAGGACCUUACAGAGGACCAGGAACCCAGCUGGUUUCAACUGUCCCGGUGGGAGCGGCUGUUACUCUUUGUGUGCUUCGUGCUCGGGUCCGUCGCGUGCUUCACACUCUGCUUCUUUCUGUUCCCAGUGCUCGCAGUCAAGCCGCGCAAGUUUGCACUGUUAUGGACAAUGGGGUCCCUGCUGUUUGUUCUCGCGUUUGGUGUCAUGAUGGGGCCAUUGGCGUACUUGAAACACAUCACGUCCAGGGAACGCCUGCCCUUCUCCCUCUUCUUCUUCGCAAGCUGUCUCUCGACGCUGUACUGCGCAGCAUUCAUAAAGAGCACAGUGCUCACACUCGUCUGUGCUGUCGCAGAACUCAUCGCAGUCCUGUACUACUCGAUAUCGUACUUCCCGAUGGGCGCCACCGGGUUGAGAAUGCUGAGCACAGUAGGCGUCAACACGGCAAGAGGUGCAUUACGUAUUUGA